AUACUCACCAACGAGCCAAGAAAUGGGUCUCCAGAAUUCGCCAUUGAGUUCUUCGUCAAUGGAACUACAAUGGCAGAUCUUCUGCGAGAUGUCCAGGUGGAGCUUAGGAACAUGAUCACGACAAACGUGAAGGACCAGGUGUCGAGAGCGUAUGGCCAGCAACUGGUGGCAAUCAUGCUGCUAGUUUUGGUGCUUAUUGUCUCGCCGAUCAUCAUUCUGCUCGUGCGCAAAAUUGCCUUGACCAUGCAGGUAAGUUGCGCAAGUACUGGUUCACUACAGAAUGCUCAUUAAAGCUCACGUAGAAGCAUAGAAAAAAAAAAGACGGACCGCUUGCUGUACCAGAUGCUGCCGGAGCCGAUCGCCAGGCAGCUGAAGGGAAAAGGACAGGUACCUGCCGAGUCCUUCGAAUCUGUCACCGUCUACUUCAGCGACAUCGUGGGCUUUACCAAAAUCUCGUCACAGAGCUCUCCCAUGCAGGUUGUGACGUUUCUUAACGUGCUGUACAAGCUGUUUGACAGCCGGAUAGAUCGAUACGAUGUCUACAAGGUCGAGACUAUAGGCGACGCAUACAUGUGCGUCUCGGGACUACCUAGUCGAAACGGUGAUCAGCAUGCGAGUGAAGUGGCUGACAUGUCGCUCGACCUGCUGCAAGGCAUCCAGAAGUUCGAGGUGCCGCACAUCAAAGGCCAGCUGGUGCAGAUACGGAUCGGCCUCAACACGGGGCCGUGCGUGGCAGGUGUGGUGGGCACCAAGAUGCCUCGUUACUGCCUGUUUGGUGACACCAUCAACGUGGCAUCGCGCAUGGAGUCGACCGGACUUCCACAAAUGGUGCACGUCAGCGACACCACGCACGAGCUCCUGGCCAAGACUGGCGGAUAUAAGCUUGAAUUUAGAGAGGAUGUCGAAAUCAAGGGAAAGGGCUCAAUGCCCACUUACUGGCUGCUGGAGAAGGUGGGAGGCAUCAGCCGCGCGUUGGAGAUCAACACCCCAGGCUUCUUUGACGCCAACCAGCUGCCUGAGUUCAUGAACCGUGACCUCUACAAUCAGGAUUAAGCCAGCCUGCAAGUCUGAUGAACAGGGAAUUUCAUACGCUGAGCAAAGAUGGGGCGACGAUUAACACGGUGGUAUGAUGGAGACGUUUGCCCCUCGAUCUUGCUGAUACAAAGAGAGGCACCAAACUCUAA